GUUUCUGCGCAAAGGAGGCUAGGGCGAUGACGGAUCCGAGUGUACGAGACUUGACAACAGCGCUGGGGAAACGCCUAUCUUUAACAGUGGAGGAGGAUGUGGGUUUAGAUCUGGAUGACAGUGAUGAGGCGCAAUGGAGCGGCGGCGGUGCACGGUGGUGCCUUGUUAGCACAGUGCUAACCCGGAAAAAAUACAACCUUGAAGCUAUGGAGAACACGCUAGCAGGCAUCUGGAGACCUGUUAAGGGCAUGCACAUGAGGAUUCUUGGAAACAAUUUUUUUGCUUUCUAUUUUUUUCAUCCGGUGGACAUGCAGCAGGUAUUAGCAGUUGGCCCUUGGCGUUUCGCAAACCAUGUCAUGGUUCUACAAGAAUCAGCGGCGGGUAGACCAGUGAAGAAAGAAGACUUAUUUGAGAUCCGCCUAUGCUCAGAAGACUUGGCACAUUGGAACAGCACGCACUUUGGUCAUGUGCAGAAGCAGGUGAAGCAAUGUAUAAGACCAAUUGAGUCUAUAAGGCAGCAGCCAGUCUCGGAAUCCACAAUUGAAGAAGAGAAGAGACUGCUUACUGAAACAGAGGAAUGGCUUGAAAGAGAAGAAGUAAUGUGGCAUCAACGCUCUCGAGAAAUUUGGUUACAAGAGGGGGAUAGAAAUACUCGCUUCUUCCAUAAGAGAGCAUCAAGGCGUAAGGAUCACAAUACAAUCAAUAAAUUGCAAGGUAAGGACGGGGUGUGGAAGUAUGACUUUCAGGAUCUCCAACAUAUUGCUACUGAUUACUUCUCUACUUUAUUUUCCUCAUCGCAACCUACUGCCAUACACCGAGUUACUUGCUGUCUACAAUCGUGUGUGUCUAUCCAAGAUAAUGCGCUUUUGCUUCGUGAUUUCACUGAGAAUGACAUUACACAAGCACUGUUUCAUAUGCAUCCAUCAAAGGCACCAGGCCCUGAUGGUCUUUCCCCAGCUUUCUUUCAACAGUUUUGGAACAUUGUCAAGGAGGAUGUUGUGAGACCCUAUUUACAAUUCCUUAAUCAUGGAGGAGCCUUACCACAGGACUUGAAUUUUACUCAUAUUGUACUCAUUCCAAAACGCAAUGAACCUAGGACAAUGGCUAACUUAAGACCAAUAAGCCUAUGUAAUGUGGUGUACAGAAUUCUAGCGAAAGUGCUGGCUAAUCGCUUUAAGCAAGUUCUACAGACAGUGAUCUCCCAAGAGCAAAGUGCCUUUUUACCAAAUAGGCUAAUUACAGAUAAUUUCUUAAUUGCCUACGAAGUGCUUCACUAUAUGCGGAGUAGGAAGAAUAGAAAGAAAUGAUGGCAGGCAAUAAAAUUAGAUAUGAGUA